AUGCGGGAUCACACGAUCAAGAACGACUCGGUAGCGCUGUCGCUGCCGCCAGGAAAAGCGGCGAUGUCAACCUCAAAGACGACAGCGAAGUGGAACACGAGCAGCCUGGGAUUGCGCGUGGGUGCAGAUGCGGCAUCAGCCGCGAUAUCAAGUGUUCUGGUCGCGCCGAUUAUCUGUGUGAUUGACAGAUCCAUUAUUGAGAAAGCAGCAACUGGAGAAUCCCUCUCGAGUUGCUUCAAACGCUCCCUCGCUCCGCUGACGCGACCACACUCCUUCCUUGCCUCGAGACCAUUCCUACUCAUCUUCGGCUUGUAUUUCGCUACCUACUUCACCUCAAACGCUGUCGACACAGCCUCUAGCACACUAAAGGACAAGUCCGCGAGUACAGAACACCCCGGCACUCCCAAAUUCCUCGCUGCAUCACUUGUCAACAUGACCUGCUGCGUCUACAAGGACAGUCAGUUCGCGCGCAUGUUCGGUGCGGCAUCUGCUUCACCUGCGGCAGCAAUUCCGAAGCUCAGCUAUGCUCUGUUCGCCGCACGAGACAGCAUGACUAUCUUUGCGUCCUUCAAUGCACCAUCCAUGAUUGCUCCGAAACUCAACGAGCUCUCCCCCGAAACCAAGCAGCGCUUUUCACGUAUUCUGUCUACGGAAAGUGGUCGUCUCAACACUGCACAAUUCGUUGCGCCGGCAGCUAUGCAGAUCUUCAGCACGCCUAUUCACCUACUAGGGCUCGAUAUUUACAAUAGGCAAGGUCGGAUAGGGGUUAAUGAACGGGUCGCGAGAAUACUACGGGACUGGGGCGUCAGCGCAUUUGCGAGGAUGGGUAGGAUUGUGCCGGCUUUUGGAUUUGGCAACGUUGUCAAUAGGAAGGUCAGAAAGGACUUUAUGGACAAGCUUGAUGCUUGA